CAGAUUUUCCCAGUAUAAAUCCCGGUAAGAACGUGUUUUUUGUUGUUGUGAAAUCCUCCUGCGAUAAAGAGGGAACAAGUGAAAGAAGAAAUCUUAAAAUUUUUGCCACAUAUUGAUUUCAGUUCAUUUUCACUGACAGAGUUGUUGCUGUUAAACUGGCAUAUGUCGGACCAAAUUGACAUGAUGCAAGCUGUUGGAGAAACAAUCAAACCAGUUGUUCCGAUGAAACACAUUCCUCACCUCAUCAAAUCCUUAUACGGUUUGACGGUGGAGUCUUGCAAAGAAUUGGACAGUUAUGAUGACAAGAACUACCACGUAAUCGUUACUGGCCAAUCGGAGAAUCCCUAUAUAAAGCACCCUGAAGAGAAUGGUUAUGUUUUGAAAAUACUGAACAAGAUGCAGUCCAAAAAUCCACUAUUUGUUGAAGCGUUGCACACGUUGAUGAAUCACGUUGCCAAAAAUGGAAUCUCUGUUCCUCACAUCAUGAAAAAUCUUAAAGGAGAAGAUAUAUCAUUGGAAAAGAUCUACCACUCAGAAAACAUUACAGAUUCCACACCAUUCGAGUUUUAUAUUGUUCGUCUUUUUACGUACAUUCCUGGAGAGACAUUCUCUGCUAUACCAAUGCAUCCGAAGAGUCUCUACAACAUUGGAAAAGUCCUCGGAAAUUUUCAUGAUGCAAUGAAGGAUUUUCAGCAUAAAUUCUUUGAAACCUAUACAUUAUUGUGGAGUUUGACUGAAGUUGAGCGUGUAAAAGAUUUCUUUAUUGGAGUACAAGACGAGAAUAAGAAGGCACUAGUGACAGAAAUCAUCGACGCAUUCAACAAAGAAGUCGCCCCAAAAUACCAAAAGCUAACAAAAAGCAUAAUUCAUGGAGAUGUAAACGAGCGUAACAUUAUUAUGAAAGAAAUUCCAGGACAGAAAGUUGCAUCCGGGGAACCACGUGUUUAUGACGUCAGUGCACUCAUUGACUUCAAUGACGCUGUGUCAUCAUACACUGCGCUCGAUGUCGCGAUUUGUAUUGCCUACAUGUCGAUAAAAUGUAAGGAAUUCGAUCAGCGUGACGUAGGAGGCCAUGUUCUGGCGGGGUACUUGUCUGUACGUAGUAUGAAUGAUACUGAGAGAGAGGUGUUAAAAGUUUGCGUCUGUGCAAGACUCGCCCAGAACCUUGUGAUGGGUGCCUAUACCAACUACAUGAAUCCUAGCCAUGUUUAUGUCCUCAAUACUGCAGCUCGGGGAUGGCCGCUUCUGUCAAUGAUGUGGGAAACUCCGCAAAAUGAAAUUAAUGUACGAUGGAACAAAAUCAUAAAGGAAUAUGAAAAUCUGUAAAAAUGGCUUUGAAUUCAUAAUAGAUUACAUUUAAAA